AUGGAGGACAACUUCACGAAGUGGGUGGAGGCCACACCCCUUCGCACUAUGGAAACGGAAGAAGUCUGUAAUGCCAUAAUCAAGGAUUUAGUAUCAAGAUUCGGGUGUAUGUACAUCAUCCAUAGCGACCGCGGCGCCCAGUUUGUUUCGAGCCUGUAUACUGCCCUGAUGAAGAAGUUAGGAGUCGACAAAACACUGACCACAGCGUACAAUCCUAAAACAAGGGAGAUGAAGUUGCCACUUGACCUUCUCUACACCACUCCUUCAGAGGACGUAACCAAUGUACCUGCUUACGUUACUAACCUGGAGGCCAAGUUCCAUAAGGCUUUCGCGUUGGUUAGGAACCAUCUCAAUACCACGCAACGGGUACAAAAGAAGCAGUGGAAAACAUCUCUUCCAACGUACCAGUCGCUGAAAGCUGGAGAUGCUGUAUACUACUUCAAUCCUAGGAAGUCAUUCAAGGGAGAUCGGCACCGUCCAUGGCUUGGGCCGUAUUUGGUCUUGGAAAUGAACGAGGAUUUUACAGUGCUACUGCAAUGUGAUGAGGCUGGUAGGACCAUGAUGACACAUGCGGACAAGUUGCGCAUCGCACGAGGAGUAAAUUUGGAGUGGCCACGCCCACAAUAG